GCGGUCAAGCACUUCCGAUCUUCCUAAAAGUUGUGACUCGACGCGCGCGACGAAGGCAUCGGUUAUUUAUUCACCUGCCUGCCGAAUGGGUCUCCAUUUCCAGCCAACUGUAAUAUGAGGCACCAUCUGCGCCAGCUUGUGAUGAGUCCUUGUUAUCGCAGGUACCAUUGCACUGGCGCCCGCCCUCAUACGGUCCGGUCCAACCCCAGUGCAACCCUAUCCAGGGUGGUGCUGCAGCAUGGUUGGGGGACAGUUCCAGGGCAUGGAACAACAGCAGCCUGGGCAGCCAGCUGUCGCCUUGUCAUAUCAACAUCGUCAUCAUUAUUAUCGGUACACGUGGGCGCCAACAACCCGGCCAGACCUUUCUCCUUUCUCCUCCCCCACUUUGACACCCGACUCUCCAACCACAAAACCGGUCGUGUCUCAUCCCAAGUCACUAGCCUGCGCCUCCCCCACGACUUGCAUGCUUCCUCUCAUCUCAUUCUAGAAACCCAACGAGUGGGUGAUGAGCGACAACAAGCCCAACGAACUUGGGUUUUUGUUGCCGUAUUCUUUUCUUCUCUGCUUCUGUGUAUUUUUGUUUUGCUUGCCUUCCAUGGCCUUUUGGCCAUCUCGCAUCUUAUACCCAUGGACCUUAAAGGCAGGUCUUUUGUCAUUCAUCAUCAUCACGAGCCAUACAUGUGUAUGUGUGUAUUGUACAUAUAGAGACGUCAUUUUACAGGUGUUGUUUGCUUUUUGUUUGGAGUCUAGGGAGAUUGGAUUGCGCUCUUUUACAAGGAAAUAUAAUGGUU